CCGAUUUGUAUAGGCAUUUCAAAAAACGUUUCUCAGACAAGCCCAAACCCCAGAAAAAUCCCAUUUUCACUUCUGAAUGUAAUUAAAACAUUUCCAAUGCCUCCAGAUAGGGCAUGGAAGAAAAUGAAGUCCCCUUCUUCUUCUGCUUCUUCUUCUAGUGAGGAGUGCCGGAACUGGCUCGAACUCCCAAGGGACGUGACGGUGUCGAUUCUACAGAGGCUGGGCACAAUCGAAAUCCUAGAGACCGCGCAGAAGGUGUGCAUGCUGUGGCGCAACAUCAGCAAAGACCCUUCCAUGUGGAACUCCAUCGACAUGCGCAAUCUGGGUGACCUCCACGACAUGGAUUACGACCUCGAGAAGAUGUGCAUUCACGCCAUCGAUCGCAGUUGCGGCCACUUACAAGAUAUCAACAUCGAGUACUUCGGUACCGACAAGCUCCUCGCCUACAUCACCCAAAGUUCAAGUCAGCUUAGACGCCUUCGUCUUGUAUGUUGCUAUAGCAUUUUGGAUGAGGGAUUGAGCAAAGUGGCUGCAAAACUUUCAUUAUUGGAGGAGCUGGACAUUACGCUUUGUUCCUUGUCAAAAGAAUCUCUGGAAGUUGUGGGGCGCUGUUGUCCUCUUUUGAAAUCAUUCAAAUGGAAUCAGCAGUGGUAUGCUACUGGACUUUCUCAGACAGAGUGUGAUGAGGAGGCAGUUGCUAUUGCAAAGAACAUGCCCGAAUUACGCCACCUCCAGCUUAUUGGAAAUCAGCUGACAAAUGAUGGUUUGCAGGCCAUACUUGAUGGUUGUCCUCACCUCGAAUCACUUGACCUAAGGAAAUGUUUCAAUGUCACUCUGUCAGGAAAUUUGGGAAGAAUAUGUGCUGAAAGGAUUAAAAACCUGCGUCAUCCCAAUGAUUCCACUGAUGACUAUGGUUUCGUCGCUGAUGAUGGAUCUUUUGAUGAAGGCUUGGAUAUUGUUUAUUCCCUAGAUUACACUGAGGAUGAUGAAGUCGUUGAUGACAUUCAUGAUGAUGGAUCUUUUGAUGAUGACUCGGACUACGAUCCCACCGACUUAUAUUAAUGAUUUGGGAGAUUUUUAUUUUGACUAGUGCUUUUGUGCAGUGCAUCUAAACAAAAUGACUUUUGUGCUGCACUUAUUUUGAAUAUUUAGUAUUAGUAAUACUUUAGUUAUUAGAUCUGAAAU